AUGACAGAAGCUCAUAUAGCAGCAAUAUCAUCAGUACAAUGUCAGUUCUUCGAUUGCCAUGACGAUCCAUCAUCGGAGCCUGAUGAAGGAGAUUUGAGAGAAAUGGAGUUCUCGUGGCUAGGACUUCUACAGUAUAUACACGUUAAGAAUGCAACGCCACACUACUUCAGGGUGCCAAGGGUGGUCCUCAUUAGUAGACAAUUCGCAUUGUCCACAGCCAUGGACGCUGCACAGGUGCCGAAAGGAUACGCUUUAGGCAACGUUGUGUUUGCGGACUACGAGCGAGACGAGACAGAAUGCGGCGUGAGUAUAGAGGAUCUAGCUCACGGCGCUAUAUGUGACCCAGCUAUUGUGCUGAUGCCAAUAGCUGAUGUGCUGCUUCACCCGGAGUACAAGCACUUCGGGGCCGUCGACAGCCUCGCGAUCUUGAAGCUUAUCAUGCCUGUCAAAUCUUUUUAUGUAGUGCCGGCGUGUCUACCGUUCAAGAACUAUGUCUACGAGAAGAAUCCCAAACACGACCAUGCCGACAAAUUAUUCCACAUUGAUUUUGUUAAUGAUGUGCCAAGAGAUUUUUUGAACGAGGAAAAGCAACUGGUCCACCUACAUUUAUUACCAAGGGAGCUGUGCUAUCUCUAUGACGAUCCAGAUAAUGGCACUUACCUGAUGAAGAACCGUAAGGCGUGUACCACAGGAUGUAGCUUCCAUUCCGGUGCACCCACUUUGGUACACGAGCACACAGGUCACUGGACACUAGUGUCUAUUUCUGAAGGUGGGACUCCAUGCCCAGAUCCUCUGCGACCUCGUCGACCCCCCUCGCCCCCUCGCCACAUCUUGCUGCACCCGUACGUGCCGUGGAUUACUGCAGCCAUCACAGGCAAGGCGGUGGGAGCCUUUGCUAAGGAUGAUCCUUUUGGCUACGUGAUGCCUCGAGCAUCAGUUCACGAUUUGGAUCACCAGUGGAACGGCCAUUGGUGGAUGGGAGGACUGAGGUGCUUCGACAGGGGCGACGCCUCCAGCGACUUGUUCAAGUUCUACCACGAGACCUUCCAAGUCAAGCCCACCACUCAGACAUAUCUUCACUAUCAUUUAGAGGUGUUCACCCCUGAUAGUGCAUCCGCAGUGUGUUGCAAAGUCGGUAUGCCCUUCCGUCUGGGACAGCCUUUUGUGCACGAUUUAGAUUCACCGGUAGUAAAGAUUCGCAUACCAACUUUAGCCUUCGUAAACACCUACCGGUUCGUGAUCCACAUGUUUGCGUACAACUUUACUGAGUCUUCCACAGAUUCUGCCACCACAUCGACUGACUCCUCAUCAUCCAGCUGAUUUGGACCUCUCAACACGGCUUACAUUACGAUGGCAGUUAUAGGACUGAUCAUGUAUUUUAUUGUACAAGCGUCCUGGGUUUAAUUUUCAUUGAAACGACAUCCUUUGCGCGUCCAGCCCUACUCGUGUCGCUCGUUUGCGCUCUGUCGUUGUCCGAUUCGUUGACGUCCGUCGACGUAGACAAUGUAUGAAGUUACGACGUACGUCAAUGUCAAAUUCUGUGUAAAACAACGGAGCAGCAUCGCUCUGCAUCAACGCAACGGAGCAGUGGAGCCGGUUCAUUAACCUGUAGUUUCGAUUGUUUCAAAAGAACUUUGU